AUGAAAGUAAAAGAGUUGAAGUUCUUUCAAGAGUUAUGGAAGAAUGGAUCAGAGGAUAGCGAGGAAGAAUAUGGGGAAGGUAGUGACAAAGAGCUCGAUGAAAUAUCAAUGGAUGCUUCCAUUCUUUUGCCUUACUUCUUUCCACUCACCCUCUUUCUCUGUGUGAUCUUUAUAGCAAUAUCAACACCAAAUCCGGUCCGCACUCUACAGCCUCAUCUUCUUCAAUUUAGACAAUAUGGCAUGCCACCGCUGGCAGAUGGGCCAGGUCGGGAUCGAGGGCAAUGA